UGCCGUUGUCAGUCGAGCUUUGCGACUUAUUUUCAAAAAGAAAUAGUACUUGAUAUAACUUAUAAUCACCUUGAUAUAACUUGACAAACAAUGGAGAACCAGAAGCCGAUCUCUGUAAAGAUGGAGUACGACUCCGUCCUAGUUGAGGAUGAAGCCGCCGCGUCCCCGAAUCGUGGAGGAAUCUACAGGAUGAAACGUGCCGACUUGAUUUCUGAACUUCGCAGGGAGCAGAUGCGGACGCAGUCCAUGGUCAAGCGCAAGGACGAGCUGAAGGCCGCCUUGCUGAAGUGGAACAAGCUGCUGAUGGACACCAAGCGCUCGUCGAAGGAGCUGGAGAAAAGGGUCCAGUUGCUUAUGUGCCAAAACCGGGAACUGGCCAGCGAGAAGGAUGGUCUGGCCACCGAGAGGGACGGACUGCUGCAGCAGCUUCAAGAGGAGUUCGCCAAAUGCGAGGUUCUGCGCCAGCAAGUCCUGGAGCAGGACCAGUCGAAGAAUGCCAUCGUAGAGAGUAUCCUUCAGGAGAACGCUGCCCAAACUGAUAACUUACGCACGGAGAUCAGUGACCUCUCCGACCAGCGGGACCUUUUCCACGAGAAACUGCACGAGGUGGGGGACAAACUUUGCUCGGUGGAGGAGAAGCUGGAGAGGAUCCAGGACGAGAACAACUGUUCGAUUUGUCUCACGCCCUGGGGAGCAGAGGGCUCUCAUCGCAUGGUGUCCCUGAAGUGCGGCCACCUGUUCGGGGACAGUUGCAUCCGGCGGCACUUAAGGCGCGUGGGCGACUGCCCCUACUGCAAGCAGCCAGUUCAGGAUCGGCAUAUCCGCUACAUCUUCGGAUGUCAGACCUUGCGGCCUGCCCAGCCUGCUCGUCCAGCUCAGGCUGCUCCUCGAGAACAGGAUGCUCGUCAGGCACAGGCUGCUCGAGCUCAGGCUGCUCCUUCAGCUCAGGCACAUCAACCACAGGCACAAACUCCUGAACAAGCACUGGCCGCUCAUCAAGCUCAGGCUGUUCGUCAAGCCCAAGCUGCUAUAGCACAGGCUGCUUAUGAAGCAGCGUCUGCUGAACAAAAUAUGAUUGCUCUUCAAGCUCCGGCUGCCCGUCCACCACAAUGUGGUCCUCAAGACCAGGCUAACGCUCCUCUAUAUUGUGGUCGUCGAGCUCCGGCUCACCGUACACCACGACGUGAUCGUCAAGCCCAGGCUAAUCCUCCUUCACGUGAUCCGGCUGUUCGUCCACCUGAGCCUCGUGAGGCUUCACGACAUCGUGAGUCUCGAGACCAGGCAUCACGACAUCGUGAGCCUCAAGCUCAUUCUUCGCGACAUCGUGAGCUUCAAGCCCAGUCUUCACAACAUCGUGAUCCUCAGGCCCAGCAUGCUGUUAACCCUGCCGUUCCUGGCUCACUAUCUUACUAUUAUCGUGCUAAUAAUGUCGAAAUCAACAUUAUCCGCUACCCCGAUGGGUCUUAAGAGCAGGAACACCGUCAUCAUGAUCAUCACCAUGAGCAUCAUUGAACCGUUCGAAGUUGCGACGUCAUUAAAUAAACAUAUAAUUUUGAAUACAAAUGUAUACUUCUGAUUACCAA